CAUUCGUCAUUUGCAUUUGUCGUCACCAAGAUCUCCCUUAAACACACCGAGGCUGCACGCAGACUUUCAUCAACGACUCAGAUACGAGAGAUGAGAAAUGGCUGAUAAGGAGCUCGCCCGCGUGAGGAGCAAGUUUGUGGAUAAGAUCAGCAAAGAGGUGAUAAGUCAGCUCCUGGACGACAUUUUGGAGGAUGGUAUCGUGAACGAUGGGGAGAAAGACUCGAUCCUGGAGUUGAAUAAGAGCAAAGCAGACAAGGCACGCUGUCUCAUCGACACCGUGAAGAGGAAAGGAGACGCAGCCAGCAGGAAGAUGAUCACUCACCUUCAACGCAGGGAUGCAACACUGCUCUCUGAACUGGGUCUGUCCUGUGGUCCACCUGCUCAGCCAGCAGCAGAGCCCAAGCUGGAACAAUGGUCCACCUCACUUAUCCCUUCCACUCAGGCCUUUUGGAGGGAGAAACAGAAUGACCCAAGUAUUUACAAAGUGACCAGCGAUUCCAUUAAGAGUCGAGUAGCUCUGCUGAUCACUAAUAUAAAGUUUACCAACGAGAAACUCAACAGGAAUGGUGCUGUGAAAGACGAGGAGAACAUGGAGAAACUGCUCAACUGUCUGGGAUACGAGGUGGUGAAACACACAAAUCUCACAGGAAAGCAAAUCAAUGAUGCAGUUAUUGAGUUCUCUAAACAUCCGAAACUCAAAGGGACAGACAGCGUGUUGGUGGUUAUCAUGUCUCAUGGGAAACUGGGUGCUGUCCUCGGUGUGGACUGGAAAGAUGAGCCAACUGGUGGUGUUCCCAUUGACAACAUUUACAAACACCUGGGCUCUGAGAAAUGUCCGGCCCUGCUGAACAAACCUAAGAUCAUCAUCAUCCAGGCCUGCAGGGGAGAGGAGAAAGGAUCAGUGCUGGUUAGAGAUGAUGCAAGCUCAGCUUUGAUAUGCGAUGACCUCAGCGGCCUGGUGGCUGAUGAAGACAACAUGGAAGAGCGACAUGUACACAAAGAAAAAGACUUAAUUUCUUUUCUUUCUUGCACCCCUGAUACAGUCUCGUAUAGAGAUACUGUUCGAGGAUCUAUUCUGAUCCAGUAUUUGACUGCGGUACUCAACACCUUUGCACACAAAGACGACAUUGAGGAACUUUUCAGAAAAGUGAUGGAACGCUUUGAAAAAUUUGCUAUUCAGUCCAAGCAGAUGCCAACCAAAGAGAGAUGUACCCUAACAAAGCGCUUUUACUUUUUCCCAGGCGUCUGAGAUGCUCGAAUGUUUGCUUGGACCAAUCUUCUAAACCUUUCAAGAAAUGUUUAAACACAUGCCAGUCAAUUUCUGCUCUCUGCAGUCAAUUUCAAUAUCUG